CUGCCUCUGCUGCCGGGCCCGCGCCUGCCCCAGACCCUAUAAGGCCUGGUAGCCGAGAGCUGAGCCGGCUGCCAGCUGUGUGCCUGUGGCUCCGAGGGACCCUCCACGCCCCAGCUGCUUACAGUAUCAUUACCAUGUCGGCUCAGGACGAAGGAGGCCGGGAUCCUCCCAAAUCCAAGGGCAAGAUCCUGGGGAGCUUCCUGGGGUCCUUGCCUGGCUUCAGUUCUGCCCGGAACCUGAUGGCCAGCGCCCACGGUUCGGCGAAAGAGGCCCGGCCCGCCGCCGAUCCGGCAGGUGCUUCUGCCCAGCCCGGGAAUGACGCCACCGCCUUGGAGCAUACGGCCAGCGGGGAGAAGCUGCCGCCGCCUUCAGACAAGAUGAUCUCUGGGGCAAAGGACCUGGUGUGCUCCAAGAUGACCAAGACCAAGGGUGCCAUCUCCUCUGGGAUGGCCAACAUGGUAGACACAGCUAAAGGUGUGGUGCAGGGAGGCCUAGGCAUGACCCGGUCUGCACUCACAGGCACCAAGGAGACUGUAGCCGGUGGAGUCACCGGCGCAGUGAAUGUGGCCAAGGACACUGUCCAGACUGGCAUGGACACCACCAAGACAGUCCUGACAGGCACCAAAGACACCGUGUGUACCGGGAUGACUGGUGCCAUGAACGUGGCCAAAGGAGCUGUCCAAACUGGAAUGGACACAUCAAAGGCCGUCCUGACUGGCACCAAAGAUGCAGUGUCCACUGGGGUGACAGGGGCCAUGAACAUGGCCAAGGGCACUGUCCAGACUGGUCUGGACACCACCAAGACUGUCCUGACAGGCACCAAAGACACCGUGUGUACUGGCAUGACAGGUGCCAUGAACGUGGCCAAAGGAGCUGUCCAGACUGGCAUGGACACAUCAAAGGCCGUCCUGACUGGCACCAAAGACACCUUAUCUACUGGGCUCACCGGGGCACUGGGUGUGGCCAAGGGCACAGUCCAGACUGGUCUGGACACCACCAAGACUGUCCUGACAGGCACCAAAGACACCGUGUGUACCGGCAUGACUGGUGCCAUGAACGUGGCCAAAGGAGCUGUCCAGACUGGCAUGGACACAUCAAAGGCUGUCCUGACUGGCACCAAAGAUGCAGUGUCCACUGGGGUGACAGGGGCCAUGAACAUGGCCAAGGGCACUGUCCAGACUGGUCUGGACACCACCAAGACUGUCCUGACAGGCACCAAAGACACCGUGUAUACUGGGAUGACCGGGGCCAUGACCAUGGCCAAAGGAGCUGUCCAGACUGGCAUGGACACAUCAAAGACUGUCCUGACUGGCACCAAAGAUGCAGUGUCCACUGGGGUGACAGGGGCCAUGAACAUGGCCAAGGGCACUGUCCAGACUGGUCUGGACACCACCAAGACUGUCCUGACAGGCACCAAAGACACCGUGUGUACCGGCAUGACUGGUGCCAUGAACGUGGCCAAAGGAGCUGUCCAGACUGGCAUGGACACAUCAAAGGCCGUCCUGACUGGCACCAAAGACACCUUAUCUACUGGGCUCACCGGGGCACUGGGUGUGGCCAAGGGCACGGUCCAGACUGGUCUGGACACCACCAAGACUGUCCUGACAGGCACCAAAGACACCGUGUGUACCGGCAUGACUGGUGCCAUGAACGUGGCCAAAGGAGCUGUCCAGACUGGCAUGGACACAUCAAAGGCCGUCCUGACUGGCACCAAAGAUGCAGUGUCCACUGGGGUGACAGGGGCCAUGAACAUGGCCAAGGGCACUGUCCAGACUGGUCUGGACACCACCAAGACUGUCCUGACAGGCACCAAAGACACCGUGUGUACCGGCAUGACUGGUGCCAUGAACGUGGCCAAAGGAGCUGUCCAGACUGGCAUGGACACAUCAAAGGCCGUCCUGACUGGCACCAAAGACACCUUAUCUACUGGGCUCACCGGGGCACUGGGUGUGGCCAAGGGCACAGUCCAGACUGGUCUGGACACCACCAAGACUGUCCUGACAGGCACCAAAGACACCGUGUGUACCGGCAUGACUGGUGCCAUGAACGUGGCCAAAGGAGCUGUCCAGACUGGCAUGGACACAUCAAAGGCCGUCCUGUCAGGCACCAAAGACACCUUAUCUACUGGGCUCACCGGGGCACUGGGUGUGGCCAAGGGCACGGUCCAGACUGGUCUGGACACCACCAAGACUGUUCUGACAGGCACCAAAGACACCGUGUGUACUGGCAUGACUGGUGCCAUGAACGUGGCCAAAGGAGCUGUCCAGACUGGCAUGGACACAUCAAAGGCCGUCCUGACUGGCACCAAAGAUGCAGUGUCCACUGGGGUGACAGGGGCCAUGAACAUGGCCAAGGGCACUGUCCAGACUGGUCUGGACACCACCAAGACUGUUCUGACAGGCACCAAAGACACCGUGUGUACUGGCAUGACAGGUGCCAUGAACGUGGCCAAAGGAGCUGUCCAGACUGGCAUGGACACAUCAAAGGCCGUCCUGACUGGCACCAAAGAUGCAGUGUCCACUGGGGUGACAGGGGCCAUGAACAUGGCCAAGGGCACGGUCCAGACUGGUCUGGACACCACCAAGACUGUCCUGACAGGCACCAAAGACACCGUGUGUACCGGCAUGACUGGUGCCAUGAACGUGGCCAAAGGAGCUGUCCAGACUGGCAUGGACACAUCAAAGGCCGUCCUGUCAGGCACCAAAGACACCUUAUCUACUGGGCUCACCGGGGCACUGGGUGUGGCCAAGGGCACGGUCCAGACUGGUCUGGACACCACCAAGACUGUUCUGACAGGCACCAAAGACACCGUGUGUACUGGCAUGACUGGUGCCAUGAACGUGGCCAAAGGAGCUGUCCAGACUGGCAUGGACACAUCAAAGGCCGUCCUGACUGGCACCAAAGACACCUUAUCUACUGGGCUCACCGGGGCACUGGGUGUGGCCAAGGGCACGGUCCAGACUGGUCUGGACACCACCAAGACUGUCCUGACAGGCACCAAAGACACCGUGUGUACCGGCAUGACUGGUGCCAUGAACGUGGCCAAAGGAGCUGUCCAGACUGGCAUGGACACAUCAAAGGCUGUCCUGACUGGCACCAAAGAUGCAGUGUCCACUGGGGUGACAGGGGCCAUGAACAUGGCCAAGGGCACUGUCCAGACUGGUCUGGACACCACCAAGACUGUCCUGACAGGCACCAAAGACACCGUGUGUACUGGCAUGACAGGUGCCAUGAACGUGGCCAAAGGAGCUGUCCAGACUGGCAUGGACACAUCAAAGGCCCUCCUGUCAGGCACCAAAGACACCUUAUCUACUGGGCUCACCGGGGCACUGGGUGUGGCCAAGGGCACAGUCCAGACUGGUCUGGACACCACCAAGACUGUCCUGACUGGCACCAAAGACACCGUGUGUACCGGCAUGACUGGUGCCAUGAACGUGGCCAAAGGAGCUGUCCAGACUGGCAUGGACACAUCAAAGGUCGUCCUGUCAGGCACCAAAGAUGCAGUGUCCACUGGGGUGACAGGGGCCAUGAACAUGGCCAAGGGCACGGUCCAGACUGGUCUGGACACCACCAAGACUGUCCUGACAGGCACCAAAGACACCGUGUGUACUGGCAUGACCGGGGCCAUGAACGUGGCCAAAGGAGCUGUCCAGGGAGGUCUGGACACUUCAAAGAGUAUCCUCACUGGCACCAAAGAUGCAGUGUCCACUGGGGUGACAGGGGCCAUGAACAUGGCCAAGGGCACUGUCCAGACUGGUCUGGACACCACCAAGACUGUCCUGACAGGCACCAAAGACACCGUGUGUACUGGCAUGACUGGUGCCAUGACCAUAGCCAAAGGAGCUGUCCAGACUGGCAUGGACACAUCAAAGGCCGUCCUGUCAGGCACUAAAGACACUGUAUGUAUUGGGAUGUCUGAUGCCAUGAAUGUGGCCAAAGGAGCUGUCCAGGGAGGUCUGGACACUUCAAAAAGUAUCCUAACUGGCACCAAAGAUGCAGUGUCCACUGGGGUGACAGGGGCCAUGAACAUGGCCAAGGGCACUGUCCAGACUGGUCUGGACACCACCAAGACUGUCCUGGCAGGCACCAAAGACACUAUGUGUACCGGGAUGACUGGUGCCAUGAACGUGGCCAAAGGAGCUGUCCAGGGUGGUCUGGACACUUCAAAGACUAUCCUAACUGGCACCAAAGACACCCUAUAUACUGGGCUCACUGGGGCAUUGGGUGUAGCCAAGGGCACUGUCCAGACUGGUCUGGACACCACCAAGACAGUCCUGACAGGCAACAAAGCAGUUUCCACUGGACUCACAGGAGCAGGGAGUGUGGCCAAAGGGGCAGUGCAGACCAUCCAGAGUUGGUUACCAGGUACCCAGGACACCAUCUGGAGUGGACUCACCAGUUACAGUGGCCCAGACAAAGGAGGGGAACAAACCAUCCUGAGACCCCUGGAGGCUCUAUCCUCUGGAGUAGCCAGUGCCCCAGACACCCUGUGUGCAGGCCUGGACCUUGCCAGGGAGGCCACUGCUGUGGCAACAUUCACUCAAGGGGCCUCGCUGGGCAGGGAGGAUGCAGGGCCUGCGGCCACCACAUGUGUCCCCGAAGGAGCCAUGAACUUUGCAACGCACGGGGCUGAGCUGGGGGAACUGGGGGAUAUUUUCCACCCCAUGGAUGCCAAGGAGCAAGCUCAGCUUGCUGCCUCCGAACCUGGGCCAAAGGUACUCACGGCCGACCGGGGCAGCUACUUUGUGCGUCUGGGCGACCUGGCCCCUGGCUUCCGCCAGCGGGCUUUUGAGCAUGCCCUGAGCCACCUGCAGCACGGCCAGUUCCAGGCCAGGGGUGCGCUGGCCCAGCUGGAGGACUCCUUCCAGGUGAUUGAAAAGGCCCAGCAGGCUCCAGAAGACCAGUCAUGGCUGGACCAGAGUCCGAGCAGCGGACUGGAAGAAGGCAUUCCCCAAGAGGUGCCGAACUCCGGGGCUCUGUCCAGGGCCUGCAGCCUCAUCCAGCAGCUCCACGUGGCCUACAGCUCCCUGGCCUCCGGCCUCCAAGGCCUCCCCUCUGAGCUCCAGCAGCAGGUCGGGCGGGCGCGCCACAGCCUCUGUGAGCUCUACAGCCUCGUCUCCUCGGCCAGCUCCGUGGAAGAGCUGCCGGCAGAGCGCCUGGCCCAGAGCCGCGGGGCUGUGUGCCAGGCAUGGCGGGAGCUGGAGCAGCUGCUGGAGAGUGUGCAGCACGGCCCGCCACUCUGCUGGCUGGUGGGGCCCUUUGCCUUGCACCCCACUGGGCAGCAGCUGUAGGUCCCUCCUGCCCACAGAGCCCUCUGCCGAGCCUUCUCUCCAGCCCCCAUCAACUCCCUAAAGGUCCGGACCCUGCAGGCUGGCGCUGCCUGGCACCAGCAGGAGCACCAACUACUGGAGUUCGGCCGUGUGCACACCCAGCUCUGGCCCUACCUAUGCCAUCCACCCUUUCUUCCCAAGGACCCCUGGGCCUUCUCCUGGCCUAGGGGCCCAGGGCUGCUAUGACUGCUGACAGAGGGCCUUUGCCUGAAGGUCUCAACCAAGCACUCCAAUUAGGAAAGAGAAGUGGAAACAUGCGUAGGUCUAGAAGGUUCUCCAUUCAGCAGCCUCCAUUAGGAGCCCCUUUAUCUUUGGGGCACCCCAGUCUGGGUCCAUCCUGGGCUCCUGGAGCUUUGUCCUCACCCAGAAGCAUACACCCUGGCUCUCAGCAACCAUGUUCUGUUAUACCAGAAAGUACCAGAAUAUUACUGUCACCUGGCGGCAGGCUCCUACCGCCUCUGCUGAUGCCCGGUGUGGCCGAGGGGCUCUGAGUGUGAUGCUGCAGCAGGCACCAACUAUGCUUAUGCACUGGCCCAGCUGGGGGACCAGACUGGGGGGCCCUGCCGCCUCAGCACAUCCCCCCACCUCGCCAUGCGCUGAUGUUUUGUGGUCCCCAAGGCCCCUGGGCUGAGGCUAAGGAAGGAGAGGGCUUCCCCACGGGGUGGGAGUGGGGCCCCAAGGGUAAUGAGAUAAAAUAUGCUCAACAUGGUCCCACAGUCAGCCCAGGCUGGAGAAUAGGGGCUAGGACCCCUGCAGCAUCCCCUCCUUCCUGGCUACACUGUCCUCAAACGCCCAGGUAAGCCACGUGAGAUGGAUGGCACGUGGGGAAGCUGAGGUGCUCCCUCACUGGGCUUCACCUGUCCUCCAGCUGGGGGGAACCCUGUCAGGCAAGCCCUGCUUCCUGGAACCAUAUCCCACCUACAACUCCCGCAUUAGGCCGCCUCCCUCCCUUAAGGGGACUUGAGGUGCCUUCAUACCACCCUCUUCUCAGAAAUGACUGGGGGCUCCAAGCUC